AUGAAUAAACAAAAACAACAAAUAUCCACAGCUCCACAACCACUACAAAAUAAAAAAUUACCAAUUCAAACAAUACCACAAAACCCAUCUCUAAUUCCUCAACAACAAAAAAAUUUGAACCCAGCUCCAACAGCAAAACCUAUUCCACAGCCAAUUGUAAAACCAGUAUCAUCUCCUCCAAAACCGCAACUCCCAUCACCCCCAAAACAACAACCAGCUUUACCCCCUCUUAAACAACCGGUACUAUCACUUCCUAAACAACAACACCCAUCACCCCCAAAACAACAACAAUCACCCCCUAAACAGCAAAUAUCCCCUAAACAACAACCAAUAAUAUCACCUCCUAAACAACACCCAUCACCCCCAAAACAACAACCACAAAACAUUAAAAUAAUAACUAAAGAUCAUGUGUCUCCCCAACUUGGUGGAUAUAAACCAUAUGGUGGUGUUACUUUAAUAAAAAAUCCAAUAAAUAAUAUAAAUCGAAUAAAUAGUAUAAACAGUGUAAAUAAUGUAAAUGUAAAUAGUAUAAAUAAUGUAAAUGUAAAUAGUGUAAAUAGUUUUAGCAAUUCUACCAAUAACAAUAAUACCAAUAAUAUCAAAAGUAAUGUUUUAAAUUUUAAAAACAACUCUUUAUUAACUAAACCCCCUGACCAUAGUAUAAACAAUAACAAUGUGAAUAAUAAUAGUAACAAUGGUAAUAACAUUAAUGAUAACGAUAGUAAUAUUGAUAAUAAUAGAAUAACAUACAACAGUAUUUUGCAAGAAAUUGAUAUUGAGGACUUUGAUAUUUCAACCAGCCAAUUUGUGUGUGGUAUAUCUCAAGAUAUAAAAAAAGAAAUAGGAGAUUCAAAGAAUGAUGAAGAAAUAACGGAAAAGGAUUUAGAAGAGGCAGUUGCGCACAGCCAAUCAUUUUUAGAUGAAUUAAACUAUAAUUUAAGACUAACCUCAAAAAAACAACAGGAUUUAGAAGAAUCCUUUAAUAACCCACAAUACAGCGAAUUUAAAUCAACUUCAUUAGCAACUCACACAACCAAAACCACGUCAAACGAUUCCCCAAUAAAUACAAAAACAACAGAUACUAAAUCAUACGUCAACAAUACUAAAAAAAUCAUUCACUACACAUUACCAACAAUUGAUAAAAAUUUAGUAAGCAAUGAUAUAACGGAAUGCUGUGAAAAAAUAUUCAAAUUACCAAAAACCGUUGGAGAUAUUUACAAAAGAAAAGGUUUAAGAAAUCUGUAUGAUUGGCAGAAGGAGUGUCUCUCCAGUGACGAUUUAUUGUUGGGUAAAAAUUUAGUUUAUUCAUUACCAACAUCGGGUGGCAAAACAAUGGUUGCAGAAAUUAUUUUAUUUAGAAAUUUAUUAAUUAGAAAAAAGAAGUCAUUAUUUAUAUUUCCUUUUGUCAGUAUUGUAACCGAAAGAGUUCAAGCAAUGUCAGAAUUUGCAUCAGCCCUUUCAUUCCAAGUUGAGGGGUAUUUUGGUUGUAAUGGUACCAUGCCGGUUGUACCGGGCCCAAGAAUGCUAAUAUCAACUAUAGAAAAGGCCAAUAUAAUUGUUAAUCAACUAAUUGAAGAUGGGUCACUAUUGGAUAUUGGUUGUGUAGUUGUAGAUGAACUUCAUAUGAUUGGUGAUGGUGAUAGAGGAGAACUAUUAGAAAUUCUAAUUUCAAAACUCUUGUUUAUGUCAAAAGGUGAAAUUCAAAUUGUUGGUAUGUCUGCAACCAUUCCAAACAUUCAAAACCUGAAGAAUUGGAUUCGUGGUGGUGUUUAUGAAGGUAAUUUUCGUCCAGUACCAUUAACCGAGUACAUCAAAAUUGGAAAUAAUCUUUAUGAUAAAGAUAACAAUUUAGUUAAGACUUUAGAAAGUCCAAAUGAUAAAGAAUCUCAUACUCUGGAACUAAUUUCUGAAAUCAUCCCAAAGCACUCAGUCCUUGUAUUCUGCCCAUCUAAAGCAAUGACAUUUAAUUUAGCAACAAGUUUAGCAACGAAAUUUCCAGAAAACAUUUUACAAGAUAAAAGAGAUCAAAGAGAAACACUAAUUCAAUUAUUAAAAUCAUCAAAUGGAAGCAAAAUCGAUGAAGAAUUAAAAAAGAUGAUUUUAGCUGGCGUAGCAUAUCAUAAUUCUGAUUUGACAAAUGAUGAAAGAGAGGUUAUUGAAAAAGGCUUUAAAGAGCGUAGUUUAUUGGUUUUAUGUGCAACAUCAACUCUUAGUACCGGUGUAAAUUUACCAGCAAGAAGAGUUAUAUUAAGAUCACCCACUAUGGGCAGAGAUUUAAUUGGCAAUAGAGUAUACAGGCAAAUGGUGGGAAGAGCAGGUAGGGCAGGUAUCGAUGAUUUUGGUGAAUCAAUUUUAAUGUGUGAACCUCAUCAAGCUGAAAAAUGUAAAAAACUAUUAAACUCUCCACUCGAUCCAUUGAUUUCAUGUAUAAAAUCAGCACAAUCAUUUCAAAAAAUUGUUUUGGAUUCAAUUUGCUCAGGUAUUGGUGAUAGUAGAUUUUCGAUAUUACAUUUUUUAUCAUUUACAUAUUAUAUUACACAUAUUAAACCACCAAAAGGGAUGAAACCAUACGAGUAUAUGGAAGGGUUGGUUAAAACUGGAAUAGAAACUUUAUUAAAAGAAGGUUAUAUUCAAGAGAUAAAGUUUGAUGAAAAUAAAAAAAUGUACAAGAAUGCCACAUUAGAUUUAAAUAACAGACCCACUGAAGAUUCAAUUAGGUACGAGGCUACAGGCUUUGGUUUUGCUUGCUUUAGAUCGUGUUUAAAUAUAAAAGAAUCCAAACUGGUUCAUGCAGAACUCCAAAAAGCAUAUCAAGGUUCAGUUGUUAUUUCAGAACCAUUACAUAUGUGCUACAUUACUACACCAUUCUUCAAUAUUCCAGAGGUCACUGACUGGAACCACUAUAUCAAUUUAUUUAGAGAAAUUUUAAAGAAACCAUCCAAAGCCAGAGUAGCCAAUGUAAUAGGUAUCAGCGAGGAAUAUAUGAUUCAACGUUUAAAUGGGUUUGAAGCAACCGAAUUCAAAGAAGAACUCAAAUAUAAAAGAUUUUACAUAGCAAUGGUAUUGUAUGAUUUAGUACACGAACAACAAUUAUAUAUGGCUGCAAAUAAAUUCAAGCUUCAUCGUGGCUCUGUUCAAACUUUAAUGCAACAGGCUGGAUCUUUUUCUUGGAUGGUAUCAUUAUUUUGUAAAAAAUUAGGAUGGAUUGAAUUGGAGCAUUUAGUGAACCUCUAUACCCAAAGACUCGAUAAAGGAGUAAAAUCCGAAAUUAUCCCUUUAGUCGAAAUCAAUGGUGUAAAACAAGCUAGAGCAAGAGCACUUUGGAAUGCUGGUUUUAAAACUGUUAAAUCAAUAGCUGUAUGUCCACCAGAUGAAUUAGCAAGAAAGGUAAAUUUGGGAAAGUUUGGCGAAGGUCAAGCAAGAAAUAUCAUCAGAGAAGCUGGGAAACUACUUGAAAAGAAAGCUGAAGAAUUCAGAGCAAAGGCAAAAGAAUUUGAACUUAUUUCAAAUCCUAAUUAG